AUGCUAGGCCGUAUCCUCCUCACAAUCGAUGGCAUUCUCCUACUCCUCGGGGCUCCCAUCGCCGACUACGGCCCCACGCACAUGUUCAAUCCCAACUGGCCGCCUCAUGCGAAAUUCCACAAUGGCCAAACAAUCAAUCUCUCCCUCCUCCUAGGCUCAGCGACACUGUUCUACGCGUGGCGGAGCGCCGAAACGCCGACGCUGAAGAGAGAGUUCAUGCUGGUGUCCGCGUUCACGGGGUCUAUUUACUGGAUCGCGGGUAUCUGCUCCAUCCUCUACCCGGGCACCAUGGGUCUUGACCCGGAGUUCGGCGGCCCCGGGUUCCCGCAGGCGCCGCUGUUCGCGUUCGCUGCUGUCUGUGGGUUGUUGGGGAGUUGGUUGGAGGCUUCUGCUGUGAAGGUGAAGAGAGGCUAA